AUGAGGCUCUCAAUCUCCGCUGCCCUUGUCUCUUUCUUCUUGUCUACCUCGGUCUCCGCUGCCCCCUGCACAAAUAGCGUGACUGUUCAGCUCGCCAACGCCAAGCCUGGUACCAAUGCCGAUAUCACCAUCCCCGCUGAUGGUAUCAAGCGUCCUAUCGAAGACCUUUGGGGUCACACAGAAAUCGCCCAGAACGGUCGUGUCUUCGCGACGAGCGCCCAGCUCACAAAAUUCCGGCCAAAUACUGUCUGCACCAUCUCCAACGAACAAGGUCUAACUUGGACGCUAAACGCAAGACACGAUUGGAAACAGCUGGGCAGAACCUCGGUGGAUUUGUGCGCAGCGUUCUUAACAUGCGAGGAUACCAGAGUUUGGUUAUAG